AUGGGCAAGACGCGCGUGAUCUCGAAAGGUUACCGCCACGGAACUCGCGACAAGUAUUCCAAGAAGUACCGCACGAAGGGCAGACCUGGCAUCGCUCGCUACCUCGUCAACUUCAAGCGCGGAGACUAUGUCGACAUCGUGGCCGAUCCCUCCAUCCAGAAAGGAUUGCCCUACUCUCUUUAUCAUGGACGCACUGGCAUCGUCUUCAACGUGAACCGCAAUGCCCUGGGCGUGGAAAUCACCAAGGUGGUUGGCAACCGCCAGCUGCGCAAGCGACUCCACGUGCGCAUCGAGCACGUGCGCAAGUCUCGCUGCAACGAGGCAUUCAAGAAGCGCGUCAAGGAGAAUGACCGCAAGAAGCAGCAGGCCAAGCUCGAGGGCAAGUCCAUCGUGGUGAAGCGCCAACCAGAGGGGCCGAAACCGAAGAAGAUGGUCGAGGCCACCCCGGAUGAGAUUGAGGCAUCGCGCGUUACUGCUAUUGCCCAUCAGCACGUCAAGCGGUCACAAGAUCUUCUGUUGCAGAUCACGAACCACCGCGAUGUCCAAGGCCUGACACCUCUCCACCAUGCUUCGGCCUUGGGGAACUACCGAGCUGUUCAGGUGCUUGUUGCGAACGGUGCUGACAGACUGGCAAAGGCCGUUCUGCCCGACGCAAACGACAAGGAGGCCGCAGCCUCGAGGCCACCCUCCAGUGCCACGCCCCUCGACCUCGCCAAGGACACCACGACGGCCCAAGCACUCUCGUCGGGCGCAGUUGAAGAGACGGUGGAGAGCCUCCAAUCCGCUACAGUUGCUCGGAUCAUGCCGCAACUAUUUGGCUUAAGACAUGCCAAGAGCCAGUCGACGCAACGCCCUUGGUGCGUUGCGUCAAGGCACCUUCGGGGGCAGUCCGUUGCGGACAUGCCGUACAUCACCAUGUGUCAAGGCCCAAAAUGCACUGCAAACGGUGCAGGGCUGAUUAUCAGGGAUAUGGAAGACCUGGCUUUCGGCUGUGCGACGGUCGAAGCUUCAGGUUGUAUGGGUCAAUGCUCCAAAGGACCUAACGGAAUGUACUCCGAGAAGUCAGGAGCAAAGGGAAAGAUCACCAACAAGCUGAACAAGUACAGCAAGCUGACUGACAUGAUCGGCGAGUUCAUCCAAGGCUUUGCUUUGGAUGACAUGCAAGCCCGGGUUCAUCGGGUGAAGUUUGCGAUACGGCGAGAGGAGAACGCCGAAGUCCGGACCAGUGCGAUAGAAGAGACUUUGGGCUCCAUCGAUGACUCGCAGCGCGCUCUACAUCCGGAGCUUGUAGCCCAGCUGCUGUGCCUCCGGGCACGGGAGAAUCUGAAGGCGGAUGCCGUCGGGGCGUACAAGGACCUUCGGGAAGCCCUGACUUUGCAUCCGGACUGGCCGUGGGCCUUCGUGACCUUGGCGCAGGUCUUGGACAACCUGCAUAUGCCCCGAGGGGCCCUCGCUUGCAUGCAGAAAGCCAUCGAGAUUGGCACCGGAGUAGACAAGAAUUCCCUGCAAAGGGGCAUCGUUCGCCUAGAGCGCAAAGCAGCCGAUGCCAAGGGCCCGGACCCGGUCCCAGCAGGUGUCGAGAUGGACAUUGCAGCGAUCAAGGACAAGUCCUUGGGCGGAGGCGGUGCCUCCGACAAGAAGGACAAGAAGGAAAAGUCCGAUAAGGAAGCCAAGAGCAAGCCCGCCGGAAAAGCAGCCAGCAAGGCGAAGACCGGCAAGGGGAAGGCAAAGGUUGUCAAGGAGACGAACAAGGUCGCAGAGGAGACGGCAGCGGAGGCUCCCAAGGAUGAAGCCAAGCCGGAGCCUCCUCUGGAGGAGGUCAAGGAGGAGCCCAAAGAGGUGAAGGAGCCCAAGGAGGAGAAGAAGGAGGUGGCGGUGAAGGAGCCCAAGGAGCCGAAAGAGGAAAAGAAAGAGAAAGACAAGGAGAAGAAGCACAAGAAAUCUUCUGGCCACAAGAAAAAGAAAGUGAAGAAGGACAAGGGAGAAGAAUACCAGGAAUGGCAGCUCCGUGAGAGGGAAGAGCUCAACCACGAUUGCUUGAGGAUGCGCUUUGCUUGCAAGGGCAAAGCCGCCUCCAAGUUCGAGUCCACCAUUUGGCACAUCGACCUGGCGGCCAAUGUCGGUGACGAUGGGGAGGAGAUCCAGCGAUCCUACACCCCACUCAGUUCAGCGGAGGAUUACAAGAAGGGGAUCCUGGAGCUCAUCAUCAAGGUCUAUCCGAAAGGGAGGAUGUCCGCUCACCUUGGGAGAAUGAAGAAUGGCGACUCAAUCCUGGUGUCGCGUCCGGUCCCCACCGUGGAUCCCGAGGACUACAAGGAGGGUGGCAUCAUGAUUGCUGGCGGAAGUGCCGUGGUGGUCGCCUUGCAGGUGGUUAAUGCGAUCCUUCCCAACUGCACGGAUUCCUUCCAUCUUUAUCUGUGUAAUAGAACCUAUGCCGACGUCCUUCUCAUGGAUUACUUCGAGCAAAUCCUGAAGGCUUAUCCGAACUUCAAAAUGACGAACUGCUUGUCACAGGGCAAAGUUGCCGAUGAAGCGCGUGGCCAAGGCCUUGUCGGAUGGUUUGAAGGCAGAGUGAGUGGCGACUUGCUCAAGCAGGCCCCUGACAGCCUCAAGGUCCUGAUGAGUGGUCCGGAUACUUUGUGCAAGAUGGUCGCCGAGACCUUCAUAGAGCUCGGCCGGCAGGAAGACGACAUAUGUUGUCUGGAUACCGAUAUAGAGGACCUGCUGAAUCCAGAGGCCAAGAACGAGGGCUUCACGCUUCAGAGCGCGCGGUCUGCAAGAACCUUGGACCCACCUCCACCCGAGCCGCUCGAGCCCGUCGAGGAAGUUCCCCGGGCCAGGAUCAAG